AUGAUCAUUGUGACGGUAAACGACCGGCUUGGCACCAAGGCACAGAUCCCUGCUUUUCCCUCCGACACGAUCGGCCAGUUCAAGGUCAUGGUGGCCAUGAAAGUUGGCAGGGAACCGCAUGAGAUUUUGCUGAAACGGCAAGGGGAGCGGCCGUUUAAGGAUCAUAUCUCGUUGGGGGACUAUGGGAUUUCGAAUGGGGUGCAGUUGGAUUUGGAGGUUGAUACUGGUGAUUGA